GGAAUGAGCUGUUCAGCAAAGCAACUUGAAAUAAUCAAACAUGAAGAGUUUUGUUGCAAAGUAUAUCAGUGUCCAUGCUGUGAUUUUGGGACUGCUGCUACCUCAGGCAAUCCCAUGCAAUGUGACGGGAGUGUGGCGAAAUGAGCUGGGCUCUGUGCUUGAUAUUGAGGCGGUCGGUUCUGAGCUCCGAGGCCUUUAUCAGAGUGCAGUGGAGACUGCUCCAGGAGUCACGGGUCCAGAACAACAGGCCAAGUUACUGGGUGUGACUAGUAAUCGGGGUCUGCGAACCUCUGUGGCUUUCUCUGUGUUAUGGGAGGCAGGUUCCUGUAGCGCUUGGGUUGGUCAGUGUUUCCAACUGCCUGAUGGGAAGCGAGUGCUGAAGACCCUGUGGAUGCUGCGCUCUGUGGCUUCAUGCCCUGCAGACAACUGGAAGAGUACCAGGAUGGGAGAGGACACUUUCAUCUUCAUUGCCUGAAAGCAGAAUGUACUGAUCUGGCAAUGUUGCAUUUGGUUUGCUGCCCUCUACUGAAUGUUCUUUGAACUCUCCAUAGAAAUAAUCUGUUUUAUACUCCCUGAGCUGAUCUCUCAUCCAUGCCAUAAACUAUGAAACUUGUUCAAUUCAUGAAUAAAAAUGUGUUAUUUACCUUGUCUUGCCUGACAUAAAUAAAAGUUUAAACUCA